GUCCAGCCUCCUUCCAUGGCCCCACCACGAGACGAUCCCCAAAACUCGCCUCUCGCGGCUUCUCUCCUCUCCGGCUCUCCGCCGCGCCGCGAUCCCCGGAAUCUCCCGGCGAAGAUGCACCUGUGGCCUUCGCUCCGGAUCCGCGACUCCUUCAAGCACGCCUACCUGGAUAAGCUGGAGUUCAACCUCGCCCGCAUGAAGCACGCGCGGCGGCAGGGGCAGGGGCAGCAGGGCGAGGACCAGGACCAGGAGGAGCCGCCCGGCGACGGGAAGGCGCCGCUGCUCGAGUCCCUCCCGGCGAAGAGGAGCUCGUUCGUGGCCGGCGCGCUCGAACUCGCCAUGGACGCCGCCAUGCUCCUCACCUGCUGCUGCUGUUGCUUCUGCUGUGGCGCUUGUGGUGACGAGGAAGAUCAUCCUCGCUGAGUAUAACCUUCAGAAGAGCUUCUUGAAGGAAACCAGAAAAUACAAUGGACAAUAACUUAUCUGUAUAUAUCAUAUAUUGAUUUUUGGUUGUUAGCUGAUGUGGCUCAAAGACGCCACUAGCAUAGGUACAUACAAGUACCUUUAUGUAGAAAAUUAUUGUAGUUAGACUUCAGAAUGAACUGUCUGCUCUAGAUAGUUGUAUUUACAUUCAGGGUACUUUGUUUCUCCCGGCGCAUCUAUACUUACAUCUGUAUGGUCCAGAUGUGUUAAUCUUUUUAUGUCAUCCGUGUUAUACAUUCUUUUCUUUAUCAGAUUUUAC